AUGCUUGAAGCUCCUCCAACCCAUCACCAGCCUGCCGUCCCUUCAGAAUGGUCGAUUGCCUACAUCAAUCAGCUCCCCGCUUGGUCGUCCGUGUACUUCUCUUCCCCGUCGAUAAUACGCCCGGAUGGCAGCACUUUCCGAAGACAAUCAACCGCUGCCGCUGCCGCUGCCGCUGCCGCUGCCGCUGCUGUUCCCGCUGGCCCCGGCCCCGGCCCCGGCCCCGAAGCCGAAAAUGACCUCUCCACCUCCGGCUCUGCAGCUCCGGCCAGACCCGCUCCGUCUCUCGAUGCCUCCACCGUGGUCACCACCACAUCCUCGGACGAUGCGUUUGCUGUCCUAGAGAGAGCUGCCAAGGUUCAGGCCAAACCCUCCCCGCCUGUCGCCGUCCCCAUCACCUCGGACGAUCCGUUUGCUCCGUCUGCUCCGUCUGCUCCGUCUGCUCCGUCUGCUCCGUCUGCUCCGUCUGCUCCGUCUGCUCCGUCUGCUCCGUCUAGCGGACUGUCGCAUCCAGCACGCAAGGGACCGAGUCUCCGUGAACACCGACAAAAACAUGUUGCCCAUCUCUCUAGGAUACCGAAGCCUUUUGACAAAAAGUUCACGCCCUUUUCGCCUACAAAGACGCUUGCCAUGUUCAUCAGGCGCAAAUAUCGCAAAUUUCCACGUGAAAAAUGGAAUCUUGUGCGUGCUCUUGCCUGCAAUAGGUCUCCUCGAUUGCCCGGUUCUCUGGCACAACUCAUGUUCAAGCAACGUGCAGCAGAAACGCGCACGAAUGGAAAGCCCUUCCACAACGCUAAGGGACUUCCAUACUAUCUUGAAACAGAGGAAGAAUGGGCAAGGCGCAUAGAGCGUCUUGAAAUGCGGGGAUACAGCGCCAGGGAUCUCGAAGAGUGGUCGUGGAUUUUACGAGGAGAGACUGGGGACGAAACGGUUCAGCGGUUCGUCUCUAGUGGCACCUUCAAGCCAUACUUCCUAAUGAAUAUGAUCCUUGGGCGCGACAAAAAGAUAUACGAAGCCCAGAACCUCGCCGCCAUCUUCGAUUAUAUCGCCCGACACUACCUGGAUGCGAGACAAAAACCUGAACAGGAACGUGUUGGUCCAGAAUUCAAAUCAGACGCCUUCAAGAUCAUGAUGUAUCGGCUCAUGCGGCAUUGCGCGGCCGUAUGGCCUGCUGCUCUGGUCUCAGUUGCUCAUCUCGUCGCGAAAUACCUCGAGACCUCCCGCUCUGAUCUCGGAGGUGAGAGCAAAGCAAAAUGGCACAGAAUGAGAAAUCGCAUCUUCAACGCCGCUCUCUGCGCGCUUGACAGGAAAACCCCCAUCGCUCCUUACCAGCACGUUCAUUACAACUGGGAAGCCCAAAAGGUCCUUCUGGCCGCGUCUGUCAAAAUGAGACCUCACUUGCUGAUCUCCCAGAACGGCUAUCGCUCAAUAAGAAGGGUGUUACUAGGGAUGAAGAAGACGCCAGGUGAGCAAAAGGCCACGAUCCGGUCUGCGAAGACGUGGCCGCCAUACCGUUUAGCGUGGGAUGGAGUGGACGAGCAACGCGAUCCUGAAGACGAUCUGAGCAGGAGCGCUAAAGCAGGAAUCAUGAUGGUCGAAAACGGAUAUCCCUCUGCACCCAUCGAUGAGGCGUUGACGAUUCUGGGUGGUUCACUGCCCGGCCGACAACGCACCGUCAUGACCAGGACCAACGGACCACCCAAAGGGUAUACUCCCAUCAUGUUUAUCCAUGCCACGUGGGUUGCAUCCAUCAUGGCCACGCGCAACGCUAGGGAGGCCUGGAUCGAGUUUCUGAAACCUCCUCGACCCAACCUCCCGCCCACUGCCGAUGUGUAUGCUGCCAUGUUGGAAAAAUUGUAUGCAAGGGAAGUGCUUGAGGAUGAUCCGCAGCUCCCGGGUGACUCGACGCACUUUGUCUUUCCAGUUCAUGACGGUAACCUUAGCGCCUAUGAGAUAGCGAGGCUUACCCCUCCGUCUCCUGAUGAUCUGUAUCAACACAUGCGGGAUCUCAACAUCCGACCAAAUGACCGCCUCCUCGAGCUUCUACUUAGAAACGCCAGUUCAAUAGAGCGCGGGUUGCAAUACCUCCUGGACAGCGGGUACAGCGCAGCUGCGAGAAAAGCUUUGGUUGGGUGGCUUAAGGAUCUUGAGCCGCUAGAUACCAUUCCCGCUCGCAUCUUCAACGCGUGGAUUUUCCUAUUGUGCAGAACGCACUCUAAUUACCGGAUCCCCGACGCUUAUUCGAACUCCCAUAACCAGAUCCCACUGGCUAUUAAACUCACCAGGGUGUACCAACAGCGGAACGCAAGGGCUGCCCACAAGGACAGGCGGCCAUGGUACAUUAUCCUCAGAGCCCUGGCCACCACACGCCAUGUGCCGCAGGAGGGUGACCACCCGCACUUGCGUUCGCUCAAGAUGUUCCUGAAGACAUAUCGGCGGACCGUAGAGGCGAAAGGCCUGGAUACCUCCAUCUUCGACCUACUCUGCCGUAUGAUACGAAAGUCGACGACGGUGCUGGCAUUUGCAACGAAGAGAGCGAUGGCGUCAGCAAAAGCAACCGAGCACUGCGGAGAUUUGAGAAUGGUGCCAGUCAUUCGCGUGGCUGCUCUAACUCUCCAUGUCACUUGGAAAAGGAUGAUACGGCCGGUCCCAUCUGACGGCGAUGCAUCGGCACGUUUCAAGUUACCCACGUUGCAGUUCGCACUGAGGGCGCACCAUAUUUCGGUAUACAUGCGAGCUCUAGGAUGCCUGGGGAACCCGCACUUGAUGUUGGGCUUGGUAAAGUGGGUGAUCGACUCUUGGUUAGACCCCACGGUUCUGGAGAAUGCAAGGGAGCCGGGCGGCGAUGAGUAUGAGAUUAUCAUCCACAUGUUUCAAUACUUUAUCGAGAUGUGGCCUCAUCUGCCUGUCAACGAUGGGCUAAAAAACAUGCUUGGGGUGGUAAGGCGAGAACUCGAAUCGCUCCGGACAUUACACGGCUGCACUUGGCACCUCCCGCCCGAGGGAACGGACAGAGGCCGCAAGGGUGUGGAUAAUGUCGUUGCUGCGCGCUGGCUCCACACGCAGCGAUAUAACCCUACCUGGCGUAGCAUGCCAUCUGAAAGUGUGAAGAGGAACGUUGAAAGACAAGAAGAUCCUGGGGAUACACAGAACCCUGAGCAAGGCGAGAAGACGACAGAUUCAACAAGCGACGGGAUUAACCCCCCAAUUCUAAAACAGUUAUAUGCACACACAGUACGAUGGAUUAGGACACCUUAG